AUGUACCGAACGCAACUUCUAAGUCAGCUCAUUCGACAGCAACAGCGAUUAUUCACAGGAUCUUUGUUCCCUGAAGAGGUCAAUGACAAACUCCAUAGUUUUGCGCAGCGACACGGCCUCAAGAGCAAUGUUUGGGUUCCUCGAAAAGCAUUUGAGGCUAUCUUUAAGUUCUACGGGGUCUUCGUUUUGCCUUCUGCUGCUCUUUGUGAUAUAACUGGCAUGGUCAACACUCCCUAUCUUGAACUCGAGCAGACAUUGGGAAGAGACCGUGUGGUAGUAAAUUCUGAUCACACUUCAAACCCAACUUUUAUAGAGCAUUUUUUCGAAUACAUUGUUCCCAACUCAGAGUCGGAUGAGAAUAGCACUUCUUAUCGACUCCAUGGAAAUGUCAAACUACGUAAUUGGUCUCGUAAAGGACAUAUCAGAGUUUCCGAUUCAAAUAAAUAUAAACAAAAAAAACAUGGUCCGAAAGAUUCUGGUGGCGUAAAUUUAUCGGUGCCAUCACAAGGUGUUUCUUUAGCCUUUCAGCAUCCUCUCAGGAUCACUGGUCCUCCUAUUUUAAACGGAUUGGUUGUAAAGGCUCUCCUCAAGAUUCAGUCUGAGAAGGGCUACCGGAUGAAUUACUGGAUUGCCAUUUUCGAGAAUUUCAGGCAAAAAAAGUUCAAGAACGCCGAGGAACUUCCGUGGCCAGGCCGGUACAACCCUACUUGGUGUCACCUUUAUAAGCCUCACACGCGCACCAAUCAAUCCUUUCCUCCAUCCAUUCGGAUUCUGAUGCUUCAGCGGGCGGUGGAGUACGGUUAUAUUUCUCGGCUGUGGGUGACCCUGCGGGAGGCCGAGGAGUUAUACCAGACAGUUCUGCUGCCCGAACACGCCCAUGACAGCCCUCCGAUCUUCUGCAAUGCCAUCACGGGGGGUAUCGGAUUAAUCCAGUUUUACUGCGCGGAUCAAUUCAAAGGUGGUGCUUUGUUCUUUUGUAAUUAUAUGGAGACUAACCUGUGCGUCAACGGCGUAUGGAUGCCGCCGGAUAAGUUAAGAGGCUUUCCACUACUAAAGCAACUAUUGAGUCAAAGUGGAUGUGCAGACGACUCCGAUACGGAUUCUUCGAAGUCACUUUCACCCACAAGUGCUUUGAAUGGGGAGGUCUCUAAAACGAAAUCCUUAGUGUCGAAUUCUGAAAGACAGACGCAAUUCCUAAAAGCUGUAGAUCUGUACGAGAAUAUUUAUCUCUUCAUGUUUACAUUGAAUAAAAUUGAACAGAAAUUCCUGCAUCACUGUGAUAUCCAUACAAAGUUGCGCACGCAGUGCAUCCUGAACGGCUUUCCAACCCCGCAUUUCAUCUGCUCGAAGAGUUUGUCGGACUAUGAGCUCUCUCCAGGCUUCCAGGAGGUGGGGUUCCUUUACUCCUAUAAUCCGAUAUAUCUCUGGGGUAAUUUCACGUGGCUGCAGUGUGUGAGUUGGUUUAAUAUUGCUCAGCUGGCUGAGCCUUUGGUCGCACUCAUGCUCAUUUAUAGGCACCCAAGACACUUCCUUACGGGCAAGCAUUUAAAUAAAUUAUUAGCAACCCAAUGCGCCAGGCUUCAGGUGCUUCAUCAGUAUAAAAGUCAUGAGUGGAUAACGAAGUUUAUCUUGUCUGAAUUGGGCUGGAACGUGCAACGAGGAGCACCGUGUGCUUUUAAUGUUCAUUAUAUAAAUGCCACCAGUGACUCUGAGUGUAUAAACCGCAUAACAGAUAGGAUUUUUUACAAUUUUGAUGAGGUUUCCAUAUCCCAUAAAACUAAGGACUGGUUAAUAAAUUAUCAUCCAGUUAACAGUAAAGGUUGUCUAUUUGUCACUCUACUUCAGUCAUUUUUAAAACUGCGGGCAUAUGAACGGGGGUACCGUUCCACUGUGUGGGUUGUGAUACAACCAUUUCGCGGCUACCGUCUUAAGGACACUAUAACCCCGGUGGUGGAUGACAGGCGACCUCUAAGUAAUGAGGUUUUUCUUAAGGCUCCAAUGGUGGAGUAUGGAGAAUAUCUCUUGGCUAAUGAAGAAGACGCUGAGAGUUGCUCACCCGGGGAGUCGUUUGUGGCUCCUGAGAAGACAUCAGCCCCAUACGAUAAUGAGGAUGAUUCCUUUAUCUUAAGCACUAGUAAUCAUAAGUCUGAUACCGCCUUUUAUCACAGUGUAUCGUUCUCAAAUGGUGAUAAACCCUUGAACAAAAAUGGUGAAUGGAUCUAA